CCCAGUCCGCCGCGGCUGUCUGCUGGGCUCGCGGCGCGGUGACCGAGCUUCAGCCUCCUCGGCCGCCUCAGCCUCGCCCUCCGCGCCCCGCGCUCCCUCCGCGCCGCCCGUCCCCGCCGCCCCGCGCGUCCCCAGCCCCUCCAGCCAGAUGAUGAACUUCCUGCGGCGCCGGCUGUCGGACAGCAGCUUCAUCGCCAACCUGCCCAAUGGCUACAUGACCGACCUGCAGCGGCCGGAGCCCCAGCAGCCGCCGCCGCCGCCGCCCCCCGGCCCGGGCGCGCCCUCGUCCGCGCCCCCGGCCGCCUCACCGGGCCCCGAGCGCAGGCCGCCGCCGACCCCGGCGCCCGCGCAGCCGCCCGCGCCGCAGCCGGCAGCGGCGCCGUCGGUGGGCAGCAGCUUCUUCAGCUCGCUGUCCCAAGCCGUGAAGCAGACGGCCGCCUCGGCGGGCCUGGUGGACGCGCCCGCGCCCGCGUCCGCCGCCGCCCGGAAGGCCAAGGUGCUGCUGGUGGUCGACGAGCCGCACACCGACUGGGCCAAAUGCUUUCGGGGCAAGAAAGUCCUUGGAGAUUAUGAUAUCAAAGUGGAACAGGCAGGAUUUUCAGAGCUCAACCUGGUGGCCCAUGCAGACGGGACCUAUGCGGUGGAUAUGCAGGUGCUCCGGAAUGGCACGAAGGUUGUCCGGUCCUUCCGGCCAGACUUUGUGCUCAUCCGCCAGCAUGCAUUUGGCAUGGCAGAGAAUGAGGACUUCCGCCACCUGAUCAUUGGCAUGCAGUAUGCAGGCCUCCCCAGCAUUAAUUCACUGGAAUCCAUUUACAACUUCUGUGACAAGCCUUGGGUGUUUGCCCAGCUGGUGGCCAUCUAUAAGACACUGGGAGGAGAGAAGUUCCCACUCAUUGAACAGACAUACUACCCCAACCACAAAGAGAUGCUGACACUGCCCACGUUCCCCGUGGUGGUGAAGAUUGGCCAUGCUCACUCAGGCAUGGGCAAGGUCAAAGUGGAAAACCACUAUGACUUCCAGGACAUUGCUAGCGUGGUGGCCCUCACCCAGACCUAUGCCACGGCAGAGCCUUUCAUUGAUGCCAAGUAUGACAUCCGGGUGCAGAAGAUAGGAAACAACUACAAGGCUUACAUGAGGACGUCUAUCUCAGGGAACUGGAAGACGAACACUGGCUCUGCAAUGCUGGAGCAGAUUGCAAUGUCAGACAGGUACAAGCUGUGGGUGGACACCUGCUCUGAGAUAUUUGGUGGCCUGGACAUCUGUGCUGUUAAAGCAGUACAUGGCAAAGAUGGGAAAGACUACAUUUUCGAGGUCAUGGACUGCAGUAUGCCACUGAUUGGGGAACACCAGGUGGAGGACAGACAGCUCAUCACUGAACUAGUCAUCAGCAAGAUGAAUCAGCUGCUGUCCAGGACCCCUGCCCUGUCUCCUCAAAGACCCUUAACCACCCAGCAGCCACAGAGUGGAACGCUUAAGGAUCCGGACUCCAGCAAGACCCCACCUCAGCGGCCAGCCCCCCAAGGGGGCUCUGGGCAACCCCAAGGAAUGCAACCCCCAGGCAAAGUGCUGCCUCCACGCCGGCUCCCCCCUGGACCAUCACUGCCACCCUCCUCCUCCUCCUCUUCCUCUUCCUCCUCCUCCUCGGCUCCUCCGCGGCCGGGCGGCCCCACCACCCACGGAGAUGCACCCUCCAGCAGCAGCUCCCUGGCAGAGGCCCAGCCACCCCCGGCUGCUCCACCACAGAAGCCCCAGCCUCACCCACAGCUCAACAAGUCGCAGUCCCUGACAAAUGCCUUCAGCUUCUCUGAGUCCUCCUUCCGGUCUUCAGCCAGUGAGGAUGAAGCCAAAGCGGAGACCAUCCGGAGCUUGAGGAAGUCCUUUGCCAGCCUCUUUUCAGAUUAGCUCUUCAGACACACGGGGGCACCCGGCCUGACCGGGAAAGGCAUCUGAAACGUUGACCAACAGUCAGUCGCGCUCGGUGGUGAUGUCCCAUGACCUUGACGUGUGUGGCCCCUUCCUGUGCUCUGUUGUGCUAAGUGAUGUUGUGCAGCUCAGAAAGGACCAUGUGACAGUCUCAGGGCAGGUGCCUAACUAGCAGGAGGCACCUGACGUCAGGGAGGAAAGAGCUAGUCAUGAAAGCUUCUUUCUGAGGUCCUCGUUAGCUGUGAGUUUAGUGGCCUUAUUGUGACAGCGCCGUCAUGUCUUAUUCUUCCUUGUGAAACCAGAGCGACCUUAACUCCUGGUAGCUUAACCUAGCUCAGAUGCAGUGCUAAGCAUGCCCCCCUUCCCCUUUAGUCACUGUGACAUGUUUGGGGAGUACCUACUGACCCAAAAGGACUUGUGGCUCUAAGUUUUAGGAACUUACCCGCACCUGAAUCCCUUGUCACACCUGUUUAACUGUUUAACACACCUGCCCAACACACAAGAUUCCUAGACUGCUGUCGUGGUGAAGCAGUUUGGGUCCGCUGAUAUUUGGGAGUACAAGAAUCUGCGAUUUCCCCAUUUUUCCUUCCUCUAGAGAGUGGUUCUUACCUGUGUGCUGUAGUGAGGAGUACGCAUGACCCUGUAACAGCAGUAUGCCAACUUUUGUGUUCAUCUCCAAAUAAAUGUUAAGACCUUUGGUGUAAUAAAAGCAGUAGCAUUAA